UCUUCCAACUCAGACAUGAUCUACCCUAAUAGAUCUACCUUACUGAUCUUCCUAAAAAUUAUAUUUUUGAUUUGGGCUGAUUCGAUAGUUCAUAGUGUCGAGCCAUGUUCUGCAAUGGGCAAUUCCACAGCAACCAUAGCGGCAGAGCCCGCCAAUCUAGUAACAAAAAAUCUCUCCACGGACAAUUUAGAGAAGAAAAAGAAUGAGGCAUCUUCUUAUUCUCAACCUAAACUAUUAAGGGAAGAAAAACACUAUAUGUGUCGGAAUUUGCAGAAUUCUCUCAUUGAAUAUGCAAGAAGUACUAAGAAGAUGAUACGGAAUAUGAUGGAUGAUCACCAGUCUUCUCUAGAUUAUCUCUCCAAUCAGAUUAAUGAACUUAUGAGCCGAGUUAUGCAAUUAAAUGCAGACAUGUCCAGAAAACCAAUUGAUGUAUUUCCCCAUCGAGCAGUCCAGUCUCAUGGUUUAGAUUGCAGUGAUAUUAAAGAUACCAUUGGAUCAGUUACAAAAACUCCAAGCGGUUUAUAUAUAAUCCAUCCAGAAGGAGCAAGUUAUCCCUUUGAGGUUUUGUGUGAAAUGGAUUUUAGAGGAGGGGGCUGGACAGUGAUUCAGAAGAGAACUGAAGGAACAGUUGAGUUUCAAAGGACAUGGUCUGAAUAUUUGGAUGGAUUUGGCGACCUUUCAGGGGAAUUUUGGCUCGGUCUCCGAAAGAUUUUCCACAUAGCAAACCAGAGAGAAACCAGUUUCAUGCUUUAUAUAGACUUGGAGUCUGAAGAUGACAUGUAUGCGUAUGCAUCGUAUGACAGCUUUUGGCUAGAGGAUGAAGUGUGCUCCUUCAAAAUACAUCUAGGACGUUAUUCUGGAAACGCUGGUGAUGCAUUUCGGGGAUACAGAAAAGAAGAUAACCAGGAUACAUUACCUUUCAGUACCUUUGAUGUGGAUAACGAUGGUUGCAAUCCAGCCUGCUCUCUCCAAGAACCGCCUAUCAAGAGCUGCAGCAACUUUAGUGAGAAGACAGGCUGGUGGUUUAACCAAUGCGGUCUUGCCAAUCUUAACGGUGUCCACAGAUUCACAAGGAAGUUGCUGGUAUCGGGUAUCCAGUGGGACACCUGGAAGGUUGAUAACAAGCCAGUUAAAAUUAAAUCUGUGUCAAUGAAGAUCAGGAGAACAUACUUCAGAUAAGAGGAUAACGUCAUCAACAUCCAGAAAUUAGGCUGUCUAAUAGCACUUCCUGGUCUAAUAUGCAUAACAUUUUAGCGUAACGAUUUAUUGAAAGAUUUGAGGCACUUUGCACACUGCAUUAUUUUGCAAUUGCACUCUUCAGGACAAUGUAAUUAUAUUUCCACCAUAAAUGCAUUUGUGAUAUUUUACUGCACCACUGAAUGCAUCAAUGACUUACUGUAUUAGCAUGCCAUUACCAGAUUGGAAAACUAUAAGCACGAUAAUUCCAAUUCCCCUCCUUUGCUACUGCUGAUCAACUUUUCUUUAGAACAGUCAGCAGAAAUGCAGACCUGCAAAUUUAAAAUAUCAGCUUUAUUUUAAAAGAAAGGAUAUGAAAAGGAACAUAAUUGCACAAGCAAUUGUAGUAAAUCAGCAAAGGUAGUAAACCAUAGGGCCGGAUGAGAGAUGCUUUUUUACUUUUUUAGUGAAUGAUGAAAAUGGGGGAAUAAUCCUCAACAUGGUUAAAUAUCUGACUAUGCAAAGAUAACGUUCAGACUGAGGUUAAACUUUUGUUUUUUAGAGAUAAGAGAAGAAUACAGUUAGUCCUCUUUAAGCAACUGUUCGUAGUUAGGACAGAGAUGAACACGUUUGAGACCGACCCUUGCAUUUAUGGACUUUGCAGGUCUGUAGAGCAAAGGAAAGUUGAAGUAAGAUCAUAAGCACAGUGGUGGGUUCACUUAGUGACCACUUUGCUUAACAAACAAGUUGCUGGUCCCUGCUGGGGUCAUUAAGUGAGGACUACCUGCCCUGGGGAAAAGGCCCAGGGGUGGGCUACUGGGGGUUCACAGGGGUUCGGGAGAACCUCUAGCUAAGAUUCUAUGUAGUUCGGAGAACCCCCAGAACCCCCACUCCUGGCCGGCCCUGCCCACCCUGCCCCUCCCUUCCCAGGAGUCCCCAUGCAGCCUGUUUUGGAUAUAGUAAGUGCAGGGCACGCGCAGAGGCCCAGGGAGGGUGAAAAAAAGGCCUACCGGAAGUUCGGGAAGGCUGGAAACGGGCCCAUUUCCGGCCUCCAGAGGGCCUCUGGAGCCUGGGGAGGCCAUUUUCGCUCUCCCGGAGACUUGAGAAAAGCCUCUGGAGCUCAGGAAGGGCAAAACGCCCCACCCCCCGCCGUGGUGCAGGAGGCCGACUAGGCCAUGCCCACCAUGGCCACGCCCACCCAGCAACCAGACAGAGAAACCCUUGCUAAAAUUUUUGAAGCCCACUCCUGAAAAGGCCUUCUACCUUAUUUGAGGCUGGUUAUUUGCAAUAGAUAGCUUCUUUGCAGUACAGGUAGUCCCCGAUUAAUGUUCUGUUCACAUCAUUAAUAUCUGGAAUGUGUUCUGUUCUCUUUAACAAAUGCUUUGUUACAGCCUUUUAAAAUAAAUAUUAUCACUUGGCAUUUC